AUGNGGGUGGGGCAGGAGAAAGGAAGACAGACUGAUCCGUUUGUUGCCCUCAGCGGACCUGAGGAGGAAGGCCGGCGGAGCCCAGAGGUCCGGCAGCGCCCCAGGCAGCGACCCGCCCGGGGACAGAAACUGAGGAAGAAGAGGAGCGAGGCCCCUGAAUCCCCCGACCCUGCGGGACCCGAGCCCCGGAGACCCGGCGGCGGCCGGGCGGCCGAGCGCGGGGGCGCCCGCCUGGCCGGGCGGAGGGGGAGGCCACGGGAAGAGCCGGCGGAGGCCCGGGCGCCGCAGACCGUCUACACCAAGUUCCUCAGGGACCCCGAGGCCAAGAAGCGCGACCCGCGGGAAACCUUUCUGGUAGCCCGCGCCCCGGACGCCGAGCACGAGGAGGAGGAGGACGAGGAGGAUCAGGAAGAGGAAGCAGGGGAGGCAGAGGAGAAGGAAAAGAAAGAGAAGAUACCUCUGCCUCCCAAGAAGCCCCCAAAAGAGAAGGUGUCUGCAGACAUCAAGGAAAGGAGGGCCAAGGCCCCAGGACUGAUGGAGGACCUGGGGAGCCCUCUCCCCCCACGGAAAGCUCUGCGCAUUAAGAAGAAAGGGAUGCCAGAGAGGGAAGGAACUAAGAUGAGAAAGACAAAGGAGAAAGGGUCUGGGGAGGCUGACAAAGACCUCUCAGUGAGCCCCGGCAGAGUGAGAAAGAAGGCCCCAGCAGCCAUGUUCCUGGUUGGGGUAGAUGGCCCAGCUGAAAAAGCUCUGAAGAAGAAAGACACUCCCAAAGGCUCAGAAGAGGAAAGGAAGGAGGAAGAGGAUGAGGAGGAAGAAGUGGCAGCUGUGGUAACAAAGAACAGUAAUCAGAAGGGCAAAGCCAAAGGAAAAGGCAAAAAGAAGGAGGAGAGGGCUCUAUCCCCACCUGUGGGAGUGCAUGAACCCCAGGAGUUGGUGCUUCAGCCUGCCCCCCAGGGCCGGACAGUGCGCUGCAGGCUGACCCGGAACAAGAAGGGCAUGGAUCGGGGCCUGUAUCCUUCCUACUUCCUGCACCUGGACACAGAGAAGAAGGUGUUCCUCUUGGCUGGCAGGAAAAGGAAACGGAGCAAGACAGCCAAUUACCUCAUCUCUAGUGACCCUACCAAUCUGUCCCGAGGAGGGGAGAAUUUCGUCGGGAAGCUGAGGUCCAACCUCCUGGGCAACCGCUUUACCAUCUUUGACAACGGACAGAACCCUCAGCGUGGAGGAGGCGGCACUGAUGUGGGGAGCCUUCGGCAGGAGCUGGCAGCUGUGAUCUAUGAAACCAACGUGCUGGGCUUCCGAGGUCCUCGGCGCAUGACGGUCGUCAUUCCCGGCAUGAAUGAGGACAAUGAGAGGGUCCCCAUCCGGCCCCGAAAUGCCAGUGAUGGACUGCUGGUGCGCUGGCAGAACAAGACACUGGAGAGCCUCAUUGAGCUGCACAACAAGCCACCUGUCUGGAAUGAUGACAGUGGCUCCUACACCCUCAACUUCCAAGGCCGAGUCACGCAGGCCUCAGUCAAGAACUUCCAGAUUGUCCAUGCUGAUGACCCUGACUAUAUCGUGCUGCAGUUCGGCCGCGUGGCGGAGGACGCCUUCACCCUAGACUACCGCUACCCGCUGUGCGCCCUACAGGCCUUCGCCAUCGCCCUCUCCAGUUUCGACGGGAAGCUGGCCUGCGAGUGACCCCAGCAGCCCACAGCGCCCCCAGAGCCCGGCAGGGUCGGGGGAAGGAUUCAGUGGAGGCUUGCAGGAUCCCUUAACCAAGUCCCUACUUGAAGACUCCUCCCUUGUCGGGGGCUGACCCCUCCACCGUCUCCGGUGACCUCCAUCCACUCCUCACCCUGGCGCAGGCUGAGGCAGGGGAAGAGCUGAGGCAGCAGGUUGGGCGGAGAUGAAGAACAUCUGGAGUUGGAGGCGCACAUCUGGUCACGGAGCUAGCCUGCAGGGCUUCACCAACCCACCCCCACCCAGCCCCGUGCCCGUCACUUCCUGUCCAGGAGCAGUAGUCAGUGUUGUUUUUACCCCCAACGGGACCAUACUAGGGCUCCGAGGAGCUGGGGCGGGCGCGGAGGAGGGGGGUAGGUGAUGGGGGAUGACGACCCAGGACCCACAUCGCCAAUAAAGACGCGUCCUUUGCAAA